AUGGCGAGUUCAACGGUCAUCGGUGCAUUUCCGCGCUUUCCGGACCUUCCGGCAGAGAUACGACUCAUGAUCUGGCGUGAAUGUUUACCACAUCGAGUUCACGAGCUGGAUUCAGACGAGUUUUAUGCCACAGGCCCAGGAGGCUUUGCACGCGUGUGCGGUCUUCUAAUGACCACGCAAAUGAAUCAUAGGCCGCCAGCCAUCUCCCGCGUAUGUCGCGAGUCUCGCGUUGUGGCUUUGCAAAAUCGUGUCAGGCUCCCGUACGAAGAAAUGCUCGAAGAAGCUUUUUGGGCAUCUGAAACGAUUCUUGACGGCAUGAUUGACCCGUCCCGAGAUAGCGUACACCUCAACUGGGAACCUUGGGAUGAAAGAUUCGAAGGUGAGGGAUAUUAUCUGGAUUAUCUUGCCUGGCACGCCGCCAAUUCACAGGGCGGGUCCGUGGGAUAUGAAAGUAUAGACCACGAGGAUGUUGCGUUUCUAGACUCAAUAUCCAAUCUCGUGAUUGUCAUGAGAAAGAUCAUAAUACACGCCACCUCCGAAUAUGGCGCAAGAACGGGCCUUUUCGGACUAUUAGGGGAUGCACCAGUUCAACUUGUUGACCUUUCUAACGAAAAGAGACUCAAAGCCUACUUUGAUUUGGCGGAGGAAACGCAGAAGAAGGGCCAUGUUACAUUUGCCCAGGACUUGCACAGAAAGCCCUGCGAGGUUCUCGAAGAGGAAUUCCAAAAAAUCAUGGGUCGCAAAUACCAACGACCAUUCGGCCUGAGGCCGGGAGAAAUGCCUCCCAAGCUACCGCCCCUGCGUGGCGCAAUCAUGUUCAGACUGUGCACCGAUAUGUGUAACAAUUCAGAAGAUGCUGAAGAAGGCUUCCGUCCAUUGCCGGGAACCACAUGGAUUCCACCAAUUCAAACACAAGGGCGAGGGCGAGGGGGAUUACGCGGAGGACCCAUCGGGUCUCCUUUUCGGAUGAGGGGCCGUCUCAGAAACAAGAUUGUUGCUUAG